AUUUUUUUUAGAAACAUUUUUUUUUUAGCCUGUAUUAAAUGUAUACUGUAGUUUCCUUUUUCUCCUCCCUCGGGGACGCGCAUCACUGCGCGCUCCGGCCCCAGCUCGGUACCUCCCCCUUCAGCAGCGUGUGUGUGAGUUUGACUCCCCUCCUUCACUUCAAUGAACACUAUUGUUGAGAAGUGAAGGUUCCACAGCAGACCUGAGCGGACCGGGGUCUGUGGGUUUCAGUCUGACACCCGGACACGGCGCGCGUGUGUGUGUGUGUGUGUGUUUAUAUCGACUAAACCACUGGAGUCAAAGGAGAAAGUUUUGAUUUUUCUUUUUCCUUUUUUUGGUUUUUGUGCAUCGACACAGUGGAAGACUCUGCACUGAGGGCAAACCUUGGAUUAUUUACCCCGGGAUUGACAGAGAAGUGAGACCUGCUGCGAUGUACGGCGAGGAGACGGCAGCUCUGUCCAAUGGACAAGAAGUGGGCGGAGACAGGAACAGAUCAGAGGAACAGCUGAGGUGGAACAGAUCGUAGAUCAAGUUAGAGGAGCAGAGUUCAUGUGGUCUGAAAGGAGACGUCGGAUUUACGUUGGACGAAGGAUGUUGGAGAUGGAGCUCCCAGGCAGGAGGAGGAGGAGGAGGAGGAGAGGAAGACCAUAAAGAAGAUUUAUGGCUGUAGUGAAGGAGGACAUGAAGGUGGAUGUUGAGGGACAGCGGGAGACGGAGUCACGAGAUUCUCUGUGGUAACGAAAGUUAUCAACAGAAGAAAAGUUUGACUGUUUCUGGCCUCAAGUCACCAUGUCAGCGUCCCUCCUCGUCCUGCUCCUGCUCCUCUCGUCUGGUUUGGUGUCCUCUAGUUGUCCCACAGACUGUACUUGCACGGCCAACUACUUUACUAUAUUUUGCAUUCAACGACACUCCACCACCGUGCCGGUUGCGCCAGUGAGCACCAAAGAACUGUACAUUUUCCAGAAUGGCAUUCAGACUUUGACCGAGGAUGACUUCAGCGGCCUGGUGGAUCUGGAGCUGCUCGACAUGAGUCAGAAUGAACUGAGAGAGAUUCCAGACUGGGUUUUUGGAAGGCUGUCCAAGCUGAAGAACUUGGACCUGUCCACCAACCACAUUACCCAUAUCUCCAAACACAGUUUCUCAGGCUUGGUCCAGCUGGAGAGGCUGUAUCUUCAUGCAAACCGAAUCCAGAGCAUUCAUUUGGAAGCGUUCGAGGGUCUGGAAAAGUUACUGGAACUAAAGCUCUACGGAAACCAGCUUUCUUCUCUGCCGUCCCUCCAGUUACCAAAACUGUUGCUUCUAGACCUCAGCAAAAACAACAUCCCAACACUGGGUCCAGCGGACCUCCAGGCUCCUCACUUGGAAUCCCUCAAGUUGGGUUCUCUUGGACUCACCACUUUGGACGAAGACCUCAUAGCUUCCUUUAGGAACCUUCAUGAUCUCGACAUUUCCAUGAAUCAGUUAACUGAGGUUCCACAAGCUCUGAGGCAGGACUCCCUCAAGGGGUUGAUCAAGCUCAACCUGGCAGCCAAUCCCUUCGGAGAGCUGAAGACAGAGAACUUCCACAAACUCACUGGACUUCAAGAGCUGGACAUCAGUGGACUGAAUCUCCAAGGUUUCCCCCAGAAUUUCUUUCAGCUGUUUCCCAGGUUAACGCGCCUGACAGCAGCCGAGAACCCGUUUAACUGUCUGUGCCCGUUGGCCUGGUUCCCAGUUUGGCUAAAAGAGAAAAAUGCAAAUCUUCUGAGGCCCGAGGAAACCAGAUGCCACUUUCCUCUCGUUAACGCUGGAAAGAUGCUUUCAUCACUAGAGCCCAAAGAUUUUGGUUGUCCGUCUGUCACCACAGUACUGACCCAAUCCCAUACUGGAAGUACUCCAACGCCCCAGAUGUUUACGACACCUUUGGAAAACCCCCAUACAAAUGCUAUUCUCCCUCCUCCUCCUCCUCCUCCUCCUCCCAGUGAGGUGACAGGAUCCACAAACGCAGACGGUUCUCCGUUCUCACCAGAACCUACAGACUCCCCAAGUUCCAACAGCAGAGAAGAUGAACCAAGCUUCUGCCCCCCCAAUAUUUGCCUUAAUGGUGGCACUUGCAAUUUCGACCCAUCAGGUCAACUCAGUUGCCUUUGUCCAUCAGGGACGUCUGGGCACUACUGUGAGAACAUGGUCGACGUUCCCGAGCCCACAAAACCGUUGACCACAGAGGUGUCAGUGAUCGCACACGCGAUGCCCGUGGAGCUGGACGCCAUCAGCUCCCGUCAGGUGACCUCCACAUCUAUUUUACUUGACCUGCACCGCUUCAUCAACACCCGGCCACACAUCAAAGGUAUAAGGCUGACGUAUCGUAAUCUCUCAGGGCCGGACCGGCGCCCUAUCAUCCUAAGUGUACCGGCGUCCUAUCCCGAGUACACCCUGCGUGGUUUGAGACCCAACUGUACGUACUCGGUGUGUGCCAGUCCCCUGGGCGAGCGAGUGAGCACCAGGACGAACAGCUCUGCAGAAACAGGUCCAUGCACAGAGGCUCGAACUGAAAGUGUUCCAGCGACAUCGGUGGAGUCCAAGGUGGAGACCCAGAGCCAGGUGAGCUACAGUCUGAUCCCCGCUCUGGCAGCGCUGGCGAUGGUGCUGAUGUUGGCCGCGGUUGGUGUGAUGCUCAUCUGUCUGCGGAGGAGGAGGCAGGCCAAGGCAGGGCUGGAGCUGGAGCUGGGCCCAGCAGACCCGGUGGAGCUCGAUGGCAUCAAAGCCGGCCUCGAGAACGGUGGCAACGGAACGUUACAGCAAAAACAGCCGGAGAUCGAGCGCUGUCACACGUCUCAGCCACCGCCAUCGCUUCAACAAAACGGGGGCUUGGACUAUGAGGUUCUAUUGAUGCAAGAACACUGCCCAUCAAAUAACAAUUUAGCUUCACUAAAGCCGUCUUAUUUCUGAGACGACGUUCGAGCAGAGACGAUUGGAAAGAUUUGUUUUUUUUUAAAAGUGCAGGUUUACCUGUGGAACUGUGGAAAGUUGAAGUUCCUCUCGAUUUCAAAAUCAACAAAGUUGGCACUUAGUUGGGAUUUUUAUCUGUUUUUUAAAGUUGCUAAAAUACUGAGAGCUGAUCCGCAGUAUAUUCUAAACCGCUGUGACCUGAGGCUGGUGAGAACCUGUCCAGAGAUUCAAUGAAGUCCAACUGAAUGGACUGGUCUGAGUCUGAGGGGAAACGACAGUUCCUUUUUGCAUUGACUGUCAACUGUAUUUGAUGCCAUGUUUUUUGUUUGUUUUUUUAAAAUGUCUUUUUAGUAAAAAGAAAUUGAAUUGAGUGUAAAUCCCGUUGCUGGAUUUGGGAGUUGUGUUGCACCAUAGUUUUUUGGGAGUGCAGAGAUGUCGAAAUGCAGGACCAGCGAUCCUGGUGCAGAACUUGGUUUGGACCCGUUUCUUUGCUCAGUGGGAUUUAUUUUUUACAGAGCUUGCACUGAAAAGAAGUAUUGGAUUUUUCCCAGAUGUCUCAGCCAAAAAGACUGAUGUUCACAAACAGCAGGAAACGCUGUAGGAAGAACACGACUUUAUAAAGAUACUGAAGACUCGAUGACAACGCAGCUGCCAUAAAUUCCACAUUUUGCAGAUUGGGAUUUCCAUCAUCAACAGACCCAGAAUAAGUCUUUCCACCGGCCCGGAGCAUCUGGCUCCACGGGAGAUAAACUUGCUGUGAAAUAUAAAUGGACUGAAUAAAGAGCCAUUUGGCGUCGAUGCAUGCCGAGGGAGGAAGGCUGUGUUGUUUUUUCUUUUGUUUUUCUUUUUUUUUUUUUGUAGCUGACAUUGUUCUAUUUUUGCCUUGUAUUUUGUGUUUUGCUGUAAAUGUUCGUUCAGUAUUGACACUUUUGCUCUUCAUGUUUUUUCCCCUUGAAAAAGUCAUUGGAGUUUUGACCCGUUGUGUGAAACGUCACUUAGCUAAAAAAAAAAAAAUCUUGAUCUCCGACUGGUGUCGUUCUAGUAGUUUCUCUGCUAACACCAUUAGCAUCCAGUAAAAAGUUCAAUGAACACAGUCGUUAUGAACUGGUCUUCUACAGAACUCGCUGAACGAGUCCCAGUCCCAGUCCCAGUCCCAGUCCCAGUCCCAGUCCCAGUCCCAGAUGAUUCAGAUGAUUAGAGAACAAUUAUCCAGUGACACCAUGGAUUGGCCGACACCAGUUAGAGCCACGUUUGAUGACAAUUUGAGUUUUAUUAAAACCUUCUAUUUAUGUUUAUUGCUGACACAAACGAUCUGUAAAAUCCACUGCAUAAUGUUGAUCCCAUUUAGAGAAAAACGGAAAAAUAAAACAGUGCAGAUCUAAGAUAUGAAAGGCAAAAAAAAAAAAAAA